AUGGAGUACACUGCUGAAAAUGUUGAACAGGCAGUCAAGCAGUUCUACCUCAACCCUAGUCUCCAGAGUGAGGUCCACUUCUGGCUGACCGGAGCACAAAUCUCACCUGCAGCAUGGUCAUUCUGUUGGAGUUUGAUGGCUCCAAAUAAGGGUCUGGAAGUCCAGUACUACGGAGCAAGCUGUCUGCAUGUCAAGAUUGUCAGAUUCUGGCAUGAAAUUCCUCGUGAAGAAUAUGAAUCGUUGAAAUCCAAACUUCUCGAAUCCAUAGUACAGUUUUCCUCCGGACCCAGGGUGAUUUUGACGAGGUUAUGUGUUGGACUGUCUGCAUUGGUGCUUCAGCUUCUCCCAGACAACUGGCCAGGUGCUAUAGAAAAUCUCAUUGCCACAUUCCAGCAGGAAGGAUUUGCCUCAUUACCUACAGUGACACGAUGCCAGAUACUUCUAGAGGUUCUUACUGUGCUUCCAGAAGAGUUUUUCAGCACAAAUCUGUCCCAACAACGGAGGAUAGUUUUACGGCAAGAACUAACCAAAGGAAUGGAUCAUGUGAUCCCACUGCUGCAGUCACUGCUGACAGAUGAGAGCCCCCUGGAGGUGUACCAGAGUUCCUUGAAGGCUUUCUCUCGCUGGGUCGACUUUGGCCUGGCCAUUGAUAGAUCUGAACCGAUUAUACAACAGGUGUUCUCCUCGUUACACAACCCACAUUUAUUUGACAUCGCCUGUGAUACACUGGUGACUGUGUUUGCACAUCCUGAGUCGUACAGAUAUCCUGUGACGGUUCAGAGGCUGCUAUCACAAGUUGUGGCUCUACAAGGCUUGUUUUCCCAGGCUGUGCUUGACGAAGAUAAGGAAACUUGUGAAAGGAUCUGUCGUGUGGUGGUUUCAUUGGCAGAAAACCACACCAAGUUGAUAGUUGACUCUGUGCUGGGUCCUGAAGAGGUCAAACAGAACACCAUGUCUCUGCUGCAGAUGAUUCUGGCUUGUACAGGACUGCCAGGCUACUUCCCCAUUGAUGAAAGCUGUAGCGACCAGACAUUCACAUUUUGGUACUUACUGCAGGAUGAGUUAACCAAUGUCUCAGAAGAAGACCUCACACCACUGAUGGAGGUGUUCAAGCCCAUCUACUUCAUGUUGAUUGAGGUGCUACUGGUCAAAGCCAGGCAUCCGUCUGAAGCUGAGUAUGCCACCUGGUCACUGGAGGAAAAAGAGCAGUUUAGAUGUUACAGGCAAGACAUUGGUGAUACAAUGAUGUACUCCUACAGUAUUCUAGGGGAUGAGCUGCUGGCACAACUGGUCAACUGCCUGGUGACCCUAGUGGAGCAGUACAAACAUGGCAGCCAGGAGUGGCAGAGUGUGGAGGCCAUUCUGUUUGUGUUCUCUUCCGUCUCGGAAAAUGUUUCGUCCGAAGAGCACGUCCAGAUACCAAAACUGUUCUCUCAGAUCCGAGAAAUCCCAUUCGCCAACUCACAGCAGAUAUCAACAGCUCUGCACAUGAUUGGCUCAUUUGCCGAGUGGAUGCAGUGGCACCCAGAGACACUGAGCUAUGUGCUGCCCCUGGUCCUGGAGGGUAUUAGUAACCCAGAGGUGGGCACGGCCGCCACCAUCGCUCUCAAGGACAUUACCCGAGAGAACCUGUCCAACAUACAAGUGUAUGCACACCAGAUACUGACAGCCUGUCAGAGCACACUGGAGGCAAAUGUUUUAAAGUCCCGAGAUCUCCUACGCCUGAUGUCCAGCAUCGGCCAUGUCCUGUCUGUGAUGCCAUCCAACGAAAUUAUGCAGUACCUGGACACUAUGAUUGUCCCACACAUCCAACACCUGGAGGCUUUAGCGUCCAUGCAGCCAUGCCCCUCAAACCGUGCCGAUGUUCAUACAACAAUCAACAUCUUUGCCUGGCUGUUUGGGUCCCUGGACACAGAGAUGGAAGGAGGAGAACAAGAACAGCAAAGCCAGCAUCAGGUCAAGAAACAGACGCAGCAGAACACAACAGAACCAAAACCUAUUUUUGUGAUACUCCAAAAGAUCUAUCCCUCGGUACAGAAGCUGGCCUACUUGUGGAUAUUUGACAUGGCUAUUAUUGAGGCUGUUUGUGACCUGUUCAAAAAGGCUCUGCAGAAACUGGACGACUUUGCUCCAUUGUCAGGGGAUUUAACCCAGCUAGUCAUUAACUUAUACCAGAGGGCUCCGUGUACGCCAGUGAUUGAUCUUGGCAAGCAGUUGCUGAUCAUCUUUGGCCUACAAGAAAACUUUGUUCCCUUAUCAAAAGUCAUCGUGGAAAGUGUCUGCUCCAGGUCUCUGGACAUGUUUAAUGUGGGCAUGAGAAACUACACUGAUGUCAUUGAGGGGUUCAUGUGUUUUCUGACCCAGCUGAUGAAAAAGUUGAAAAAAUUUAUUCUCCGAUGCAACUGUGAUCUUGCUGCGAUAUUUCAAGCAGCUGUGUUAAGUAUGGCCCUACCAGAACAUGCAACAGUGAAAGCUUCAUGCAGUUUUGUGAUAGAAUUUCUCAACGCGGGUGCAGAGAGUGAAGUCAUCAGGAACAUUGUGGUCAACCACGGGCAUCUCUUAGUGGACCGCAUUUUAAGGGCCAUUGGCGGGGAGUCCCAGAGAGGCAUCAUUGAUUACAUCGCUGAUGUGAUCAUGGCAUUAAACAAGCACUACGUUUCACAGCUGGCAGGCUGGCUGAAACUCAUGGUAGACAACGAUGGGUAUCCGUCUCCCAGAGCUUCUAGGCAGGACAAGGAGAACUUUGUCAAAAACCUUCUGAGAGAUAAGAUGAACAAAGUCCGCACACGAGAGGUGGUUAAAGAGUUCACACUGCUGUGUCGAGGCUUGCUGGGGACCGAAUAUGCAGAGGCUGCAGCUGCAUUCUUGUGA